AUGGAGGAUGAGAUGCAGCAAUUGCGAGACUUGGUGGCCGAACUUAAGGCUGAUAAUGAACGCCUGCGGCAAGAACGUUCUGAGGUCCAGUAUGGGGUUUAUGGGUCAGCGCCAGCUUCAAGCUCAGAAUUACAGGAGCUAAAAGAGAUGCUUAAAAAGCAGCAAGAGCAGCUCGAUCAGUUAACCCGUAAUGUGACUUCACUUCAAAAUGCCCCAAGUGUGCCUUCAAGGGUAACCCCACCACCUUACGUCACCUACAGCCAGAAGUGUUACGGCCCCAGCCCUCUGUUAGCUUUCAGGAAAACUAGAACCUUCUGUGCUCCUGAGCCACAGUUCAGAAGGUAUGGGCCGACUCUCUUUGAAACCACUUUAGUGCAGCAGGCCCCUAAUCCUUGGCAACAAGCCCUACAGAAGUGCCAUCAAGUUCAAGUUCAGGCCCCUUCAGAUUCUCCGGCCCGAGUUCGGGUUCGAGGAGAUGACUUUAGGUCCAUACAAGACAAGAUAGAUUCUCUGGAUCUGUCUCCAAUGACCCCUGAAGAACAGUGUGAGGUCAGGGCUUUAUUAUCUCAGUACUCUUCUGUGUGUUCAGCACAUGACAGCGAUUUGGGCUGUACUUCUUUGAUCACACAUGAUAUUCCCCUGAUUGAUGAGGUUCCAGUUAGACAGCGUUACCGACGUAUUCCUCCCUCAGAAUACGAAGCCGUUAAGGCUCAUAUUAAUCAGUUGCUAGAAAAUCAAAUUAUAAGAGAGAGUAGUAGCCCCUAUGCAUCUCCCAUUGUCCUAGUGAAAAAAAAGGAUGGUAGCCUGCGAAUGUGCGUUGAUUAUCGUCAACUGAACAGUAAGACCAGAAAGGACUCAUUUCCAUUACCUAGAAUUGAGGAGUCCUUGGACGCUCUCUCAGGUGCCAGGUGGUUCACAACAAUGGAUCUUGCUAGUGGCUAUAAUCAGGUCCCCGUGGCUGAGAAGGACAGGAUGAAGACUGCUUUCUGCACCCCUUUUGGGUUAUAUGAGUGGAAUAGGAUGGCCUUCGGCCUGUGCAAUGCACCUAGUACAUUUCAGAGACUGAUGGAGCGCAUGUUUGGCUCGCAGCAUUUUCAAUCUUUGUUGCUUUAUCUAGAUGAUGUCAUCGUGUUCUCUUCCUCAGUGUCUGAGCAUUUGCAGCGGCUGGAGGUGGUCCUGAAGCGUCUACAACAGGAAGGCUUGAAGGUCAAAUUGGAGAAGUGUUCGUUCUUUCAGUCUGAGGUGAACUACCUGGGGCACUUGAUUACUGCCCAAGGGGUGGGUACAGAUCCGAAGAAAAUUGAGGCAGUUGCUAAUUGGCCGCCUCCACAACAGGUUUCAGAACUUCGGUCGUUUCUUGGCUUCGCCAGCUACUAUAGACGGUUUGUGGAGGGGUUUGCAAAACUGGCUGCCCCGCUUCAUCGCUUAGUAGCUGACCUGUCCGGAGCUAAGAGGAAGGGCCCAGCCCGGUCCUGUGUGGAGGUUUGGACAGAGGAGUGUCAGCGAAGUUUUGAUGCCCUAAAGCAACGGUUGGUGAGUGCUCCCCUGUUGGCGUACGCUGACUUCUCUUUGCCAUUUAUCUUAGAAAUCGAUGCCAGUUAUAGCGGAUUGGGAGCAGUUCUGUCGCAGGAGCAGGAGGGCAGAGUUCGACCAGUAGCCUAUGCCAGUCGUGGUUUGAGGCCUUCGGAGAGGAACAUGUCCAAUUAUAGUUCCAUGAAAUUGGAAUUUCUUGCCCUUAAAUGGGCAAUGGCUGAGAAAUUUCGUGAGUACUUACUGGGACAGAAGUGUGUGGUCUACACUGAUAAUAAUCCUCUGAGUUACCUUAAUACCGCUAAACUUGGUGCUCUAGAACAAAGGUGGGCUGCACAACUCGCUGCUUUUGACUUCAGCAUUAGGUAUCGUUCUGGACGAAGUAAUCGGAAUGCCGAUGCACUCUCCCGACAGCAUCCUGUUGGACCUGUGCUUGAGAAUAUGAUUCCGGGAAGUUCCCUGCCAAAGUCCCUCCAACAAGUCGCUUCUAUCAGACCUCAGAGAGGCGUACAAGCAUCCAUUACCGCUUUCCCUGGCUAUUCUGCGGCAGAUUUACACAAGCUACAGGAGGCAGAUGCAGUAUUGGGAGAAUUCCUGAAGCUGUGGAGGAGAGGGAGAUACCCGUUACGUGAAGAGCAGCAGGGAUUGUGUGCUGAUGUAGGUAAACUCUUGAAACAGUGGAAACGAUUACAAGUGAAGGAUGGUGUGUUGUACCGUCAGUGUCACCAUUCCCAGGGCGGCGAGGCCUUUCUUCAGCUCUUGCUCCCAACAUCGUUGAAGACUAUAGUGAUGCAGCAGCUUCAUGAUGAGCAUGGCCAUCAGGGCGUGGAACGUACAACAGAGCUGGUGAGACAAAGGUGUUUCUGGCCAGGUAUGAGUGAGGAUGUGAAGCGUUGGUGCCACCAAUGUGAACGCUGUACUGUUGCCAAGGAUGUUUUCCCUCGAGUGCAGACCUAUAUGGGUCAUUUAUUGGCUUCAAAGCCUAAUCAAAUUCUGGCCAUUGAUUUCACCCUGAUUGAACCAUCACAGAACGGAAUGGAGAAUGUUCUUGUGCUGACGGAUGUGUUUUCUAAAUAUACCCAGGCUGUACCUACCCGUGACCAGAGAGCUUCUACGGUGGCAAAGGUGUUGGUACAUGAGUGGUUCUACAAGUUUGGUGUUCCCAGUCGCAUCCACUCGGAUCAGGGGAGGAACUUUGAAAGCACCCUUAUUCAUCAGUUGUGUGCAUUGUAUGGCAUUGAACGGAGUCGGACCACCCCAGCCCAUCCUACUGGAAAUGGUCAAUGCGAGCGAUUUAAUCGCACUCUGCACAAUCUGCUGCGUACUCUACCGUCUUGCAAGAAGAAGAACUGGGCAGCAUAUCUCCCUCAACUGGUUUUCUCCUACAACACUACCCCACAUCAGUCUACGGGUGAAUCGCCAUAUCUUUUAAUGUUUGGGCAAGAUCCACAAUUGCCUAUUGACUUCCUCUUGGGUAGAAUUGAGACUCCUACUCAGGGCAGUGUCCAUGACUGGAUUUAUGACCAUCAAGCUAGACUUCAAGUGGCCUUUGACGGAGCUGGAAGUCGCAUGAAGAUUGCAGCGGAACGUAGAAAAGAGCGUCAUGAUCGGCGGGUACAGGAUGAUCCUUUGAGCCAAGGCCAGUUGGUGUAUCUGCGGGACCUUUGUGUGCGAGGCCGGGCAAAGAUCCAAGACCGCUGGAGUUCUGUUCUUUAUAAAGUGCUGCGAGCCCCGACAUCAGGCGGGUCAGUGUACACAAUUGCUCCUGUUGAAGAUUUGGAAAAAGUUAGACAUGUGCAUCGUACUUUGUUAAGAGCUCAACCAGCUGGCCAGAAUUUGUCAGAGCCUCGUAAUCCUCUCCUUUCGAAUUCUGAUCAAUCAUCGGUGGACUCUGGCGAGGAUGAUCUAUUGGAUGAAACUUGGCUAGUAGUGUCCACAGAGCGGGAGGUCCCUCCGGUGACGGUACCCAUUGCUGUUCAGGCACCUUCAAGUUGUGCUCCACUCCUACCCCACAGCCCUGACGGUGUCCCCUUGUCAUCGGGUAGAGUUCCGGAGCCUCCUCUGGUCCAUGACUCUUUUGCCUGCUAUUCCCUGACUGUCACUAUGGAGGAUGAGAUGCAGCAAUUGCGAGACUUGGUGGCCGAACUUAAGGCUGAUAAUGAACGCCUGCGGCAAGAACGUUCUGAGGUCCAGUAUGGGGUUUAUGGGUCAGCGCCAGCUUCAAGCUCAGAAUUACAGGAGCUAAAAGAGAUGCUUAAAAAGCAGCAAGAGCAGCUCGAUCAGUUAACCCGUAAUGUGACUUCACUUCAAAAUGCCCCAAGUGUGCCUUCAAGAAAACUAGAACCUUCUGUGCUCCUGAGCCACAGUUCAGAAGGGUAUGUGUUUGGCUCAGAUGCUGUUUUUCCUGAUGUAGAGCACACAACCCCUUUAUUGUCACCAUGCCCCCACGUGACCGUUAAUGUUGGUGGGGUCUUAGUCCCCUGUUUGUUAGACACUGGCUCCAUGGUGUCGACGGUGACUGAAAGUUUUUAUUUGAAGAACUUUAAGCCCUGGGGUUUAGAAAAACUUCACUCAUGUCAUUGGUUGCAGCUUAAGGCUGCCAAUGGCUUAGAUAUUCCCUAUAUAGGCUAUUUGGAACUGGAUGUGGAAGUCUUUGGUAAAGUGAUUCCUAAACGUGGCGUGCUCAUAGUUAAAGAUUGUCCAGGUACUUCUACUCAGGUCUCUGGUAUUUUGGGCAUGAAUGUUAUUCGAGAAUGUUAUCAUGAAUUGUUUGGGCAGUAUGGGCCGACUCUCUUUGAAACCACUUUAGUGCAGCAGGCCCCUAAUCCUUGGCAACAAGCCCUACAGAAGUGCCAUCAAGUUCAAGUUCAGGCCCCUUCAGAUUCUCCGGCCCGAGUUCGGGUUCGAGGAGGUAGGUGUAUUCGGAUGCCUGGUGGUACCAUGAAGUUUAUUGCAGCCACUUGUUCUCAGCAACAUACAGGGUUGACGGUAGUAUUUGAGCCUUCUAGUGGUGGGUUAGCAGCUGGUCUUCUGACUUCCCCUGCCAUUGUUAAGGUAGUUCGGGGACAGGUUUAUAUUCCUGUAAUUAAUGUAGGAGUAGUGGAUGUUAACCUCUAUGGACGAACCGUUCUUGGUACCAUUAGUCCAGUAACUGUGGUGAGUUUACCCCAAGGUGUAGAGGAUGUUCCCCUGAGUGUACAGGCCACAAUCUCUUCUCAGAUGACUUUAGGUCCCAUACAAGACAAGAUAGAUUCUCUGGAUCUGUCUCCAAUGACCCCUGAAGAACAGUGUGAGGUCAGGGCUUUAUUAUCUCAGUACUCUUCUGUGUUUUCAGCACAUGACAGCGAUUUGGGCUGUACUUCUUUGAUCACACAUGAUAUUCCCCUGAUUGAUGAGGUUCCAGUUAGACAGCGUUACCGACGUAUUCCUCCCUCAGAAUACGAAGCCGUUAAGGCUCAUAUUAAUCAGUUGCUAGAAAAUCAAAUUAUAAGAGAGAGUAGUAGCCCCUAUGCAUCUCCCAUUGUCCUAGUGAAAAAAAAGGAUGGUAGCCUGCGAAUGUGCGUUGAUUAUCGUCAACUGAACAGUAAGACCAGAAAGGACUCAUUUCCAUUACCUAGAAUUGAGGAGUCCUUGGACGCUCUCUCAGGUGCCAGGUGGUUCACAACAAUGGAUCUUGCUAGUGGCUAUAAUCAGGUCCCCGUGGCUGAGAAGGACAGGAUGAAGACUGCUUUCUGCACCCCUUUUGGGUUAUAUGAGUGGAAUAGGAUGGCCUUCGGCCUGUGCAAUGCACCUAGUACAUUUCAGAGACUGAUGGAGCGCAUGUUUGGCUCGCAGCAUUUUCAAUCUUUGUUGCUUUAUCUAGAUGAUGUCAUCGUGUUCUCUUCCUCAGUGUCUGAGCAUUUGCAGCGGCUGGAGGUGGUCCUGAAGCGUCUACAACAGGAAGGCUUGAAGGUCAAAUUGGAGAAGUGUUCGUUCUUUCAGUCUGAGGUGAACUACCUGGGGCACUUGAUUACUGCCCAAGGGGUGGGUACAGAUCCGAAGAAAAUUGAGGCAGUUGCUAAUUGGCCGCCUCCACAACAGGUUUCAGAACUUCGGUCGUUUCUUGGCUUCGCCAGCUACUAUAGACGGUUUGUGGAGGGGUUUGCAAAACUGGCUGCCCCGCUUCAUCGCUUAGUAGCUGACCUGUCCGGAGCUAAGAGGAAGGGCCCAGCCCGGUCCUGUGUGGAGGUUUGGACAGAGGAGUGUCAGCGAAGUUUUGAUGCCCUAAAGCAACGGUUGGUGAGUGCUCCCCUGUUGGCGUACGCUGACUUCUCUUUGCCAUUUAUCUUAGAAAUCGAUGCCAGUUAUAGCGGAUUGGGAGCAGUUCUGUCGCAGGAGCAGGAGGGCAGAGUUCGACCAGUAGCCUAUGCCAGUCGUGGUUUGAGGCCUUCGGAGAGGAACAUGUCCAAUUAUAGUUCCAUGAAAUUGGAAUUUCUUGCCCUUAAAUGGGCAAUGGCUGAGAAAUUUCGUGAGUACUUACUGGGACAGAAGUGUGUGGUCUACACUGAUAAUAAUCCUCUGAGUUACCUUAAUACCGCUAAACUUGGUGCUCUAGAACAAAGGUGGGCUGCACAACUCGCUGCUUUUGACUUCAGCAUUAGGUAUCGUUCUGGACGAAGUAAUCGGAAUGCCGAUGCACUCUCCCGACAGCAUCCUGUUGGACCUGUGCUUGAGAAUAUGAUUCCGGGAAGUUCCCUGCCAAAGUCCCUCCAACAAGUCGCUUCUAUCAGACCUCAGAGAGGCGUACAAGCAUCCAUUACCGCUUUCCCUGGCUAUUCUGCGGCAGAUUUACACAAGCUACAGGAGGCAGAUGCAGUAUUGGGAGAAUUCCUGAAGCUGUGGAGGAGAGGGAGAUACCCGUUACGUGAAGAGCAGCAGGGAUUGUGUGCUGAUGUAGGUAAACUCUUGAAACAGUGGAAACGAUUACAAGUGAAGGAUGGUGUGUUGUACCGUCAGUGUCACCAUUCCCAGGGCGGCGAGGCCUUUCUUCAGCUCUUGCUCCCAACAUCGUUGAAGACUAUAGUGAUGCAGCAGCUUCAUGAUGAGCAUGGCCAUCAGGGCGUGGAACGUACAACAGAGCUGGUGAGACAAAGGUGUUUCUGGCCAGGUAUGAGUGAGGAUGUGAAGCGUUGGUGCCACCAAUGUGAACGCUGUACUGUUGCCAAGGAUGUUUUCCCUCGAGUGCAGACCUAUAUGGGUCAUUUAUUGGCUUCAAAGCCUAAUCAAAUUCUGGCCAUUGAUUUCACCCUGAUUGAACCAUCACAGAACGGAAUGGAGAAUGUUCUUGUGCUGACGGAUGUGUUUUCUAAAUAUACCCAGGCUGUACCUACCCGUGACCAGAGAGCUUCUACGGUGGCAAAGGUGUUGGUACAUGAGUGGUUCUACAAGUUUGGUGUUCCCAGUCGCAUCCACUCGGAUCAGGGGAGGAACUUUGAAAGCACCCUUAUUCAUCAGUUGUGUGCAUUGUAUGGCAUUGAACGGAGUCGGACCACCCCAGCCCAUCCUACUGGAAAUGGUCAAUGCGAGCGAUUUAAUCGCACUCUGCACAAUCUGCUGCGUACUCUACCGUCUUGCAAGAAGAAGAACUGGGCAGCAUAUCUCCCUCAACUGGUUUUCUCCUACAACACUACCCCACAUCAGUCUACGGGUGAAUCGCCAUAUCUUUUAAUGUUUGGGCAAGAUCCACAAUUGCCUAUUGACUUCCUCUUGGGUAGAAUUGAGACUCCUACUCAGGGCAGUGUCCAUGACUGGAUUUAUGACCAUCAAGCUAGACUUCAAGUGGCCUUUGACGGAGCUGGAAGUCGCAUGAAGAUUGCAGCGGAACGUAGAAAAGAGCGUCAUGAUCGGCGGGUACAGGAUGAUCCUUUGAGCCAAGGCCAGUUGGUGUAUCUGCGGGACCUUUGUGUGCGAGGCCGGGCAAAGAUCCAAGACCGCUGGAGUUCUGUUCUUUAUAAAGUGCUGCGAGCCCCGACAUCAGGCGGGUCAGUGUACACAAUUGCUCCUGUUGAAGAUUUGGAAAAAGUUAGACAUGUGCAUCGUACUUUGUUAAGAGCUCAACCAGCUGGCCAGAAUUUGUCAGAGCCUCGUAAUCCUCUCCUUUCGAAUUCUGAUCAAUCAUCGGUGGACUCUGGCGAGGAUGAUCUAUUGGAUGAAACUUGGCUAGUAGUGUCCACAGAGCGGGAGGUCCCUCCGGUGACGGUACCCAUUGCUGUUCAGGCACCUUCAAGUUGUGCUCCACUCCUACCCCACAGCCCUGACGGUGUCCCCUUGUCAUCGGGUAGAGUUCCGGAGCCUCCUCUGGUCCAUGACUCUUUGCCUGGUAAUCCCUUAGUGGCAUCAGAGGGUACCACCACUACUGUAAGACCACUGCUACGUCGAACCACCCGAAGAAACGCAGGCUACCAUUCCAAUGCCCAUCAUUUGCCAGAGACAAUGGGAGGCAGAAGGGGCAGUGUGAAUUCGCAAGUAACUGUUGCUAGGGGGGUUUCUACUCUUUUUAGGCCUUGGAGUUAAUAUCGUCGGGUCGACGAAUUUAAAAACUAGGGGGUAGAAUGUGACCGGUUAAGAGUUUCUGAGUUGUUUUAAUGGGAAGACACGCCCAGCGGAAUUGAGCCACGGCACGAUAUUGAAUACACCUGUGUGGCUCAAUUAGGGAGGUUUGUUGGGUCCCGGUGGCUCUAUAAAAAGUUUGUCUAAAGGCACCAUUGUCAUUCUUCUCCGUACUGCGUGUAACAAAAGUCUAAAUGGUGAUAUUUCCUGUAGCUAUUCCCUGGUGAGUCCUUUGACUUAUUGCUCUUCUCCAGUUAUAGAUCACCGUCUAAAUAUGUGUUGUCAUUAGGGAUGUGCGUGCAGUGGCGAGCGCAGGUUGCAUAAAGCUUACUGUAGCCUAAUUGAUCUUUCACUUUGAGGUAAGACAAAUUAUUGGGGUCUUUCUUAAUUCUUGAAGGGGGAACUCUUUAGAAAUUGAUACACUAUUUUGUGCUGUUACUGUAUCAUUUCAGGUGUGGUCCAGAGCGCUAGCUGCUGUUUUCUUAGGGGUUCUAUACUCGUGGUGUCGCUGUUUGUCGGCUGGCUGUAGUGAUUGGACGUUUGCGGUUUCGAACCGCUGUAGUGACCGAGCUCUUCCACAAUCUCUGCCCUGACUGGUCU